ACAGGCCCAUGGGUGUUCUAGUGGGCGUCCAUCCUGAGCGGACAUCCGGGACAGGCGUGGGGCGGGACUUGUAGCUCCGGGCACUUGGCGCGCCAAAACUCUGAGGGAACUUCGUGGCGGGGACCGAGAGUCGGGCAGAGGCGAGGGUGGGUGAGUCCGGACGUGGCCCGGGGGGGGGCGGUCGGCUCCUGCGCAGCUGCGGCGGUCGAGCCAAUUGCGGGGCGUGGACCGUCCGCGCGCGCGAGCGCACAGGCGUACACCGCGGUCGUUACGUCGACGGUUGCCAUGGAGAAGCCCGCUCAGUUGGAACCGCGAGCUGGCGCCAGGAGCCUCGGGGUCUGAGCGUGUUGUGUGGAAGCCGAGUCCGCUACCAACCAUGAGCGGCCGCAGUCGGGGCCGAAAGUCCUCCCGCGCCAAAAACCGGGGCAAAGGACGAGCCAAAGCCCGCGGCCACCCUGCUCCAGACGACGCCCCUCGCGUCCCGGACCUCCCACAGUGCCCGAGGCUCGGGGAAGACGCCACCGAGGCGGCACAGGUGCAGGCUGGCGCGGGAAGGGGUGACCUGGAAGCCGCUGCGCCCGCGCCGCCCCUCAGGCCCGCGGCGGCGGCGGCGGCUGCUGUUGUGAGUGCUGCUGCUGCCGCCGAGGCCGCAUGUCGGCUCCCCCUGGACUGUGGCCUCGCGCUCCGCGCCCGAGCUGCGAGCGACCGCGGGCGGCUGGCCGCUGCCAGGCCCGGCGCCGGGAAGACCCUGUCUCUCUCGGAGCGCAUGGUCGCCGACACGGUCUUGGUGGGCACCGCGGGCAUGGCGGCAAAACACAUCAACGCCGCCCGCGUGGGCAACCGGCGCGUCCCCACGGGGAAGAAGGCCCCAGAAAUCCGUAGUGUCGUGGGAAGGGGGCCUCAGUUCGGAGCUGGCGUGAAGCCCAAGACGGGGGCGCCCGCUGCCGCCGAGUGUACCCCGGCCCCGGUGGUGGUAGAGGAGAAGGUGGUGGAGGGGGAUUCAGGGUCAGGGCCCCCGGCCGGCGAUGGUGGCAGCAUGAAUACGCUGGAGACAGUGCAGCUCAAGCUGGAGACCAUGAACGCCCAGGCGGACCGGGCCUACCUUCGUCUCUCGCGCAAGUUUGGGCAGUUGCGACUCCACCACUUGGAGCGCAGGAAUCUCCUUAUUCAGAGUAUCCCAGGUUUCUGGGGGCAGGCCAUUCAAAACCAUCCCCACCUGGCGGCGUUUCUGAACCACCAAGAUAAAGAAAUACUCGGGUACUUGAAUAGCUUGGAGAUAGAAGAGCUGGGCCUCGCCAGAUUGGGCUACAAAAUCAAAUUCUACUUCGGCCGCAAUCCCUAUUUCCAAAAUAAGGUGCUCAUCAAAGAGUACGGCUGUGGACCUUCGGGUCAAGUAAUCUCUCGUUCCACGCCCAUCCAGUGGCUGCCAGGGCACGAGCUGCAGCAGCCCCCCAGCCCAGGCAACCCAGAGAAUAACCGUAGUUUCUUUGGUUGGUUCUCCAACCACAGCUCCAUCGAGUCUGACAAGAUCGUUGAGAUCAUCAACGAGGAACUGUGGCCCAAUCCCCUGCAGUACUACCUUAUGAGUGAAGCAGCCCGUGGUGGAGAGAAAGGGAAGGAAGCCAGGGCAAGUCCUACCAAGCCUCCCGAGGAGGCGCCCGAGCCUGGGAUAAAGCAGGCUGACUGA